GAACAGGCAGAGGGUGCCCGGAUUUGACACCUCUGUUUUCUCAGACUGGGAACCCUUCAUUGCUAAGUGUCAAGGCGACAAAACUGGAAACUAACUUGACCCUUAUUGAAAACCGGAAUGGAGCGAUUUGUAGUAACAUCUCCUCCUGCUCGAAACCGUUCCAAGACUGCUUUGUAUGUGACUCCUUUGGAUCGUGUCACUGAAUUUGGAGGUGAAUUGCAUGAAGAUGGAGGAAAACUGUUCUGCACUUCUUGCAACGUGGUACUUAAUCAUGUUCACAAGUCUGCCAUCAGUGAUCACCUCAAGUCCAAGACUCACACCAAAAGAAAGGCAGAAUUUGAAGAACAGAAUGUAAGGAAGAAACAAAGGCCUCUAACAGCAUCUCUUCAGUGUAACAGUACUGCGCAGACAGAGAAAAUCAGUGUUAUCCAGGACUUUGUGAAAAUGUGCCUGGAAGCCACCAUCCCACUUGAGCAGGCUGAUCGCCCAGCAGUUCGUGCUUUCCUGUCUCGCCGUGUGAAGAAUGGUGGCUCCAUACCUAAGUCAGACCAACUAAGGAGAGCUUAUCUCCCUGAUGGGUAUGAGAAUGAGAAUCAGCUCCUUAACUCACAAGAUUGUUGACAAGGGAGGUUACCAUCAUUGUGAACAAGA